AUGUCAUCUAGUGACUCUCUAGUUGACAAGAUCGUUGCCAAAGUGAAGGCCGAAGGCGUUUUCGAUCAGUUCAGGAAAGAAUGUGUUUCAUUUAUUGAAGACAGCUCUCAAUACCGUCAUCUUAAGGACAAAGUAGGCCAGUUUGUGGAGGAUUUUCUGAAAGACCAGCCUUGGCCGUGUCCUAUUGAAAAGAAAAAAUUGAGGGAACUUCUGAAAGCACAACUUCACAUAUCCAAACUCUUGGAUCGUGUGGACAACAUUGUCAUCCAAGCUGUGAGGGAAAAUUGUGAUACUUCUUUGUUGCCACUUACAAAACCAAUUGUUGAACAAUUCUUUCCAAGUAAAACAAACAAAGAAAACAACAAUCAGAAAGAACACAAUAAUCAGAAAGAAACAUUAAAAGAAAAAGAGCAAGUAUGUAGCAGUGAAGAUGGUGUUGAGGAAGUGAGGGAAAAAGUUGGUGUGAGUGAUGUUGCUGCACAGUCUCAACCAGCUAGACCAGACAGUGAAAAUGCCGAAAAGCCAAUACCCGUAGCAUCUGAAGAGACAGCUGGUUCAGAGGCAGGUCCAAAAAUCAGUCCUAAACCAACUGAAGAAAUCAUUGAAUCUGUUAGCAAUGCGAGCACUCAUAAAGAAGAAUCACAUAAAAGAGAGGCAGCUACACAAAUGUUACAAGAUGGCGGCGAACCUGAAGUGUGUCAGGCAGAGAUGAAAGAUGCACAAUGUACUGCAGAAGAGACUUUUUGCCAUGACACCAAUGACCACAAACCCUUGAACGAAUCAACAAGACAACUUGAAAUGGCAAACCAGCCAGUAAAUUAUCUAGCUGACGUAAUCGAUGACAAAGUUCAAUCAGUGGACAAAAGUUCGGAUGGCACUCCAGAAGAAAACACAAAAGCCAAACCCACUGAUGAGCCAGAGAGUAAAGAGGGUAGUCUAGAACAUCAUGAUAAGCCACCCUUGAAACGUAGGAGGUCAAGCAGGUCUGUUACAUUAGAACAAUCCUCUGAAAGGGCAGAUACUAUAAGCAGUAGGACUCGAUCAAAAGACACAAAAUCAGUAACUGUCCUUCCUCCCAAGAAACGAGCUAGAAAAUUUUAACAUAAGUAAUAGGUAUGAAAGUGUGAGAUAACAUGUUUACAGGUUUAAAUUAGUAUAACCAGUUAUUGAACUGCUGCACAGCAAUGUAACUGCGGCAGUUGUAUAGUUAGUUCAAGCACUCCAGUUUCACAUCACAACAAACGUACUAGCUUCCAAUGUUAGUUUCAAACUACAGUGCUGAUAUCAUAUGUGACUCU